CUCUGUCUGUGAGUCUCUCAGCUACAGUAUAUUUGACUACUCUGUGUGUUUCCUGGUGCAUGUUAUUCCUGUAUGCAAAACCCACCACACACUGUGAACUCCAGAGUACUAAUGCAGGAACUGAGAGAGAGAGAGAGAGAGAGAGAGUGAAAAACGGUUUAGACAGACAUCUAGAGAGAAGGAGAAAGGGUUCAGGAAGCCUUCAUGAAGUGUCUGAGCUGCAGAGCCACAAUGAUGGAGGGUCUGUACGGAGAGAGUGGGAGGUCAAGAUCAGCAGCAGUUUGGCAGCUGCCCCACUGACUCAUCAGAUUUCUGUCCACCUCACCCUCACAGUUCUUCCUCAUCCAGGCAUGGAGCACUCUCCUUAUGCAGCAGAAGGCCCCGGUGUGCCCACGGAGCCCAUGCCGAGUGCCACUGAUGUCUCUAUAGUUCAAGGAUACAAUCCUGAUGACUUGCCAGAGCUGGAGUGCGCCGUGUGCUUUAGUCAGUUCAACAACGUCUUCAACACGCCCAAGGUGCUGCAGUGCGGCCACACAUUCUGCCUGGAGUGCCUGGCACGCAUAAACAUUAAAUCCUCACAGCCUGAGAGCUUGCAGUGUCCUCUAUGCAGAGCCUACACCCCACUGCCUAACUUCGGCCUGCCCAAACUGGACACGGACGUGGUGGUGCUGUCCUGCCUGCCAGAGGCCAUGCAGCACGUUUACAGCAUCCGCUUCAAUCGCAACAGAGGUAAGCUUCAGGUCAAGCGCAUUCCCAGCUCUAUACCAGCAUCACAGAGUAACCAGCGCCGCAGCCUGGACCUCGGAGGGCCUGUCAGCACCGACAAUGAGCAAGACUCACGCCGAGGCAUCUGCCCCUUCUUCAGCCGUCUUCUACGGAUUUCCGCAUGCAGGGCGGUCUUCAUGAUGGCCGGCAUGCUCAUCAUGGUCUCACUUGCCAUCGGCAUCAGCAUCAUCUUCUCAAAACGUUAGUGACAGAUUUAGUCAGAUUUAAAUACCUCCUCCAUCCACUGAAGCUCACGAGGGAGAAACAGGAAGCACUAAGGAACAGGAAACAAACCCAGUCUGAAUAUAUGGAGUAGGGACUGGACAUCCUCCCUGUAAAGACUUUCAAUGAUCAGUCCAGUGUCUCUGAUAUGAUUCUGUAUGUCCAUGCAAUUCCUCUGAACCUGGAGCUCAGAGAGGCAGAAACUCAAAUGGCUUAAAUGAUAUCCACUACAGCCAGCAGCGUUGCACAUACACCACACCUCACACAUGGAAAUGUCCUCGGGUCAGUAACAGGCCUCAGAUCAGUAUCAUGGACAUGGCUAACCAUUUAACCUCUUACCUGUAGCACUGAGAGAAUCAGCAUCCCACAGGAGAGAGAGAUUUAACAUCAGGCUGGAAAAUACAACUGUGUCAAUUCUCUCUCUCUCUCUCUCUCUAUCUUACACACAUUUUAAAUGUUGUGAUUUUCACAUAGACAAGCUAUGCUUUAAUUUGAAUGUAGCAUUUUUAAAAUGUAUUUAAACACACACACACACAUAUUUAUUUACACUAAUAUUUGCACUAUUAGCCACAAAGAAGCUUAAUUGUAAACAUGACUUUAUCAGUCUCAAUAAAGACAGAGAAAACACUCUCCCUCCAGCUCUGCGCUUCUCCAAACCU